CCUCAAGCUAAUGAUGUUGUCAGAAACUUGCCAAGUUUCCCAAACUUUGCAGGCAAGUUUACUCUUUCUGCAUAUUGGUUGUUUUGAGUGAUGUAUGGAUCAUAGAUGCAGGAGCUACUGACCAUAUAUCUUGCAAUUUGUCAUGCUUUUUAGCUUAUAAAGUGAUUAAGGAUGCUUUUCUCACCCUGCAUAAUGGUCAAAAGGCAGAGGCUACCCAUAUAGGGAUAGUGCAGCUACCAUGUGGUUUAAUCCUUCAUCAAGUCCUCUUUGUCCCAUCCUUCUCCUUCAAUUUACUCUCAAUUAGUAAACUGACCAAAACACUUUUCAUCUCACUUACCUUCAAAUCAUCCUUCUGUGAAAUUCAGGACCUUCUUACCAGGAGGAGGAUUGGCUUGGCCCAUCAAGUUAGAGGUCUCUACCAAAUGUCUCGAUGUUCUCAUUUUGUUCUGGUGCCUGCUGUUAAAGGAAAGUCAUCCAUUAUAGCAGCAACUUACAAUUUCUCACAACAGAACCUGGACUUGUGGCACUCAAGGCUAGGGCAUCCAUCUUCAUUGAGACAACAUGUAAUUCAGCAAAGUAGUAAUGUAGUAGAGAAGUCUGUGUCACUUUGCUAAGCAGAAGAAACUACCUUUCAGUUUGAGUGAUUCUGUAGCUGCCUCACCUUUUGACUUGAUCCAUGUAGGCAUUUGGGGGCCUCACUCAGUUAUGAGUUACAAUGGAUUUAGAUAUUUACUAACUAUUGUAGAUGAUUGCAGUACAAGUGUAUGGGUUUUUCUGAUGAAAGCUAAGUCGGAAGCAAGAAAUUUGCUGCAAAAUUUCUGUGUUAUGGUGAAUGUGCACUUUAGUCAGAAAAUCGAAACUAUCAGGUCAGAUCAGGGACUUGAGUUUCACAUGCCUGAUUUCUAUUCUCAACAUGGGAUUUCCCAUCAAAUGUCUUGUGUUGAGAUCCCACAGCAGAAUGGAAGAGUAGAGAGAAAGCACCAGGACAUAUUGAAUAUAGCCAGGGCUUUAAGAUUCUAGUCUGGUUUACCUCUUUCAUUUUGGGCAGAUUGUGUACUACAUGUUAUGUUCCUUAUCAACAGAUUACCUUUUGCAUUGUUGAAUGACAUUACACCUUAUGAAAGGUUAUAUGGAAAACCUCCUGAUUACAGCUUCUUGAGAGUUUUUGGAUGCCUUUGUUAUGCUGGAACUUUAUCUCAGGGCAGAAAGAAAUUUGAUAGCAGAGCUAGACAGUGUCUCUUUUUGGGAUUCACCCCAGGGAUAAAAGGAUACAAGUUACUUGACUUAUCUUCCCAUGCAGUGUUUGUGUCAAGAGAUGUGAAGUUCUAUGAACAAAUUCUUCCUUACAAACGAGACCCUUCUCCACAACCUGCUACCUCUUCUCAUAUACCUUCUCACCCCAUUUCAUUUGAUCCAUUUCCUGAUACCCCCACACCAACUCCUCCUCCACCAUCACCACCUCCACCUCCUUCAUUCUCUCCAUCUCCUCAAUCUCCUUUCCUUCCUCUGAUUGAGGAUAUGAGGGAGGGAUCCAUUCAUGAUGAUUAUGCUUCUGAGGGAGAAGCUUUAGCAUUACCUUUUGAUCCACCUAAACCCUCUUUACCUGAACCUUCUCUAAGAAGAUCAGAUAGACAAUCUAAACCACCAUCAUACCUUGUUCAGAAUUACAAAACACAAAUUCCUAACCUCAAACCCACCAAUACCAGUCCACACUCACUAGCCACCUUAGCCAGUUUUAUCUCUGAUCAAAACCAUACACCAGAAUUUCAAGCCUAUGCUCUCAGUGUUCUUAGCAUGUCAGAACCAGACUCUUACAGAGAAGCUAUUCAACAUGAGCAUUGGAGAAAGGCAAUUAUGGAAGAACUGAAGGCACUACAAGCUAAUGGAACCUAGGAGAUUGUUAACUUACCACCUGGCAGAAAGGUAGUGGGAUGUCGUUGGUUUUUCAAGAUUAAGCUAAAUCCAUAUAACAGUAUAGAAAGAUACAAAGCACGUUUGGUUGCGAAAGGCUUUACUCAAAUUCAUGGUAUAGAUUUCUUGGACACUUAUUCUCUAGUGGCCAAGAUUAAUACAGUUAAGACUUUAUU